AUGUCAGAAGAAGCCGCAGCCGCCGAAGCACUGGAAUCAAUGUCCGUGGCGGAAUCAUCAUCCAACCCAAUUCCAACAACUCCACAGUUGUUGACUGCUGAGCAGAGAUUUGAGAUCGUUAGAAGCAUCGGAGAAGAGUGCAUUCAAAAUGAAGAACUCCUUAACCUCCUUGCCAAAAAACCUGAACCUAUUUGUUAUGAUGGGUUCGAACCUUCGGGAAGAAUGCACAUUGCUCAGGGUGUCAUGAAAGCAAUCAAUGUGAACAAGCUAACAUCCGCUGGUUGUCGAGUCAAAAUAUGGGUUGCAGAUUGGUUUGCUAAGCUUAAUAACAAAAUGGGUGGAGAUUUGAAGAAAAUUGAAGUUGUUGGUCGCUACCUGAUCGAAAUUUGGAAAGCAGUUGGGAUGAAUCUGGAAGGGGGAAAAGUUGAGUUUUUGUGGUCGUCAAAAGAGAUUAAUGCCAGAGCUGAUGAGUAUUGGCCUCUUGUGUUGGAUAUAGCUCAGAAGAACAAUCUUAAAAGGAUUAUCAGGUGUAGUCAAAUUAUGGGGCGGAGUGAGCAAGAUGAAUUGACCGCUGCCCAGAUAUUCUACCCAUGUAUGCAGUGUGCUGACAUUUUUUUCCUCAAGGCCGACAUCUGCCAAUUGGGAAUGGAUCAGAGAAAAGUGAAUGUACUUGCCAGAGAGUAUUGUGAUGUUAUUAAGAGGAAGAACAAACCCAUCAUCUUAUCACACCACAUGAUACCUGGUCUACAGCAAGGGCAAGAGAAGAUGUCAAAAAGUGACCCAUUAUCAUCCAUAUUCAUGGAAGAUGAGGAGGGUGAAGUGAAUGUGAAAAUAAAAAAGGCAUAUUGCCCACCAAAGGUUGUGGAAGGAAACCCAUGCUUGGAGUACAUUAAAUAUCUUAUUUUACCUUGGUUUAACGAGUUUACGGUGGAGCGUAAUGCAGAUAAUGGGGGGAAUAAGACGUUCAAAAUCUUUGAAGAGUUGAUUGUUGACUAUGAAAGUGGAGAGCUACACCCAGCUGACCUUAAACCAGCUCUGUCAAAGUCAUUGAAUAAAAUUUUAGAGCCUGUGAGGGAACACUUCAGAAAGGACAGCAAUGCUAAAGAUCUAUUGAAAAGGGUCAAGUCUUACAGAGUCACCAAGUAA